AUCAAUGCAGAGUACAUUACAUUCAUAUCAUAUUAUUUUGUCAUUUUCCGUCAAAUUCUCUCAUAUUUGUUGUCAGAUGUGGGUCCGUGUACGUUCACUUUGGCCAUGUUCUUUUUAUUUAGGUGAAAGUUUUCAUUUCUUGUAACGUAAUGUUUCCAUCUGGAGGCUAUUUUCGUAGCGCCAAUUGCCCUUUCUAUCAACAUGGCCUUUGCCACAGACCAUAUUGUCAUUUUCGUCACACUGUACCAGAUUACAAGCCAACUGUUGCUCUCAAUUCAAAGAAAAGCGAGGAGCAAAAGAAAGAUCCGGUGGUGAAGCACACACACAACCAUGGUGAAGAUGUUAAACAACAGAAGAAAGACUUAGUGCAGAAGGGCGUACAGGAGAAAACAAAGACCACAAAAAACAAGCAUAAUGUGGAAGUUAAAACCUCAAAUCAACCAAUUUUCAAAAGAACCGCUCUGGAAGAAAAACUGAUUGCAUUCUCAGCAAAUGCAGAUAUGAUAUUGACAGACUCCGACAGUGAUGCUGAUACUCCAUCAAAACAAAAUGAUGACAAUCAAUCAACUGUUUCCAAACCUCAACUUCUACCAUGUGAAGAGAAAGGAAAAUCAUUUCAAAAUAACUCUGUUAAAGGAAGUAGUUGUACAAUUGAUAUGACAACAAGUAGUGUUUCCACGUAUAAGUCUACUGAAGUGAUUUCAGACGAUAAAAUGCUUGCGAUAUGUGAAAAAUUGGAAGAGAAAGACAAGCCAAAGGCGAUAGUUAUUUCCGAUUCCGAAGAUGAACUAUUGCAAGAAAUCAAAGAUGAAAAUAACGACCGUUUGAGCAAUGCUUGUAAGGAAUCUCGCACGAAAGAAAUAUUGGAAUUACCUCCAAAAUCAAGUGUUGGCAUGACCAUGAAUGACAGCGAAACGUGCGAUGAAAUAUUCGUCGAUACAGAGGAACUGCACGAAAAUAAAACGGGAAAGCCAAAUGAGAAGAUCGAAGAGCAAGUGAAAAGUUUGCAAGGAAAGAAGUUGAUUGUCAUGAUUGAAGAUCUUCAAAACUGUGGAGCCGGCAGCCAUUUUAUAUUGAAAAGUACGAAAGAAGACGCAAAGAUUAAGAAAAGUAAGAAAAAGGAGAAAAACAAACCAGAUUCUUCUAAACUGGCCGAUGUUGAUUUCUUUGCUGCCGAUGUUUCGAAAUUAAAGAAAAAAAUGACUGCCAAAGAGGGAAAACACGUAGAGAAAUCAAAGCACAAGAUAAUAAGUGAGAGCGAUAAGAAAAAGAUGAAAAAAAAGCUUGGCGAAAGUAAUUUAGCUCCUGUUAAAGAGAAGAGUAAAAUUCAACGCUAUAAAGAGCUGAAGAGACUUUUCAAAGACUCCGAAAACACUCUUGAUAAACUUGAAGAUCAACAAAAGAAAUCUUUGUUGGUAGACAACAAGUUUGUUGCGACCUUAGAGAAAGAAAAGGAAACGAUUAGACCAUCGGAUUUUCUUUUAAAGAAGCCCAAACAUUCUUGGAAAAACGAGUCUAAAGGAUUUAAAAAGGAUAAGGACGAUUCUAAAUCAAACGUUCAUAACAAUGCUGAUGAAACAACCGAGGAAAAACAAAGUUCGAAGAAUCCAUUUGUUUUGGUUGCUCCCGAUAAGAAAGUAAUACUUAUACCAGAUAAUGACACUGUUUGUGAAAAUUCUCAAAAUGCGGACGCUCUGGGUACUAGUGAUACCAAUAGACAUUCUGACUAUUCGGGUCUCGAUGAGGAUAGCGAGGAAAAUGAAUUAUUGAGAAUAUUUAAUGAUUAUAAUCCCGACAAUGAUGAACCUGAAAUGAACGAUUGUGUUGAUGAUCUUUUAAUGAAUAUUGAUGUCGUUAAUGUUCGUGACAGUGACGAUAAAAAAGAGAAAAAACUUGCACAGUCAUCAAAAUCGAUUAGUGGAUUGAAAAGACAGUCAAGCGAAGGAACGUCCGCAGCAUUUAAGAAACAGCGCGUUGCUCAUCAACCUAAUCUGGUCAUUACGCGGACUCCUCAAUUCAGAAACAACACAUCUACAUUUUACCGACAUUUACCUCGUCCUCUUCAAGGCACGUUAGCUCCUCCGCCUCGUCCCAAAAUUCAAGCAACAUCUCAAGGUGAAAAAGAUCUCGUUACGUCGACGCAUGUCAAACAAAGGGUGACUCACUUUACCAAGGGGAGCGGAAUUUUGACGCAGAGACCGAGGAUAAGACUGGAAUACGGAGCAAAAGUACCUCAAAGUGUGAGGCAAAAAUAUUUGGAUAAAAUCGUCGAUGAAUAUUUAUGCUUUUAUAAAGACCAACAGGAAGCGUUUGAUAAGGCCGAGAAGGAGGAAAAACAAGUUUACCUAAAAAGCCCUAGGCGUCAGGUUUAUAUUAACCUGUGCGUUAAUCUUAUCAAAAAACUUAGAGAUAGUUUAGAAAAACUGAACGAAGACAUCCGCCAUCGCAAUCCUUUAGCAAGCAAAUCCACGUUACCACCUAGCCCGUCAAAACGUGCGAAAGUUGACUCGUUGACUACGGCGAGGAUCGCUCGACAAGAUUUCGAAGAACAAAAUGAUAGUUCUGAGAAAGCGGUGAAAAACAAUGGAGGCAUGACAGAGGAGGAAUUUUACACAAGGAUGCAUAAGUAUGUGCUGUCGAAAGAAGAAUUAGAAGGAAAUGCCUUUCCUCGUCCUUCGAGUGUCCCAGGUCGGGCGGAGGUCACCGACUGUUAUUCAAAAAUUAAAAGAAAUCCCAACGAUUCCACACGUCACAUCUGCUGUCGAUGCGGCAAGGCUUUUGUCAUUUUGGAAUCUGGAGAAUAUCCCCACAAAGAAGAGUGUGUCUAUCAUCAUGGUCGAUUGAUUCGUAGCAGAACUGCCGGAGAAAUAGUGACGUCAUACACAUGUUGCCAAGGUGAAUCUGGUUGUAUUGGCUGUUGCGUUGCUAAGGCUCAUGUUCGCGCAACCUAUUGGUCGGAAGAAACUGGUUUUGUUGUCACACGGAAAAAUCCUAAUUCGUAUAGAAAGAAAAUUUACGCCUUGGAUUGUGAAAUGUGCUACACAACUAAAGGUUUGGAACUCACUCGGGUUACCGUGGUAGAUUACAACGGUCAACAAGUUUACGAUACUCUUGUUAAACCUAAAAACGAUAUCAUUGAUUAUAAUACAAGAUUCAGCGGAAUAACUGAAGAAAGUAUGAUUGGAGUUGCCAUGACAUUACGUGACGUACAAAGUGUUCUACUCAACUUGUUUUACGAAGAUACUAUUUUGAUUGGUCAUAGCCUGGAAAGUGAUUUAAGAUCACUGAAAAUCAUUCACAGUACAGUUGUAGAUACAUCGAUCGUGUUUCCUCAUCGUUUGGGCUUGCCCUAUAAACGAGCGUUGAAAACAUUGAUGGCUGAAUAUGUUAGAAAAAUUAUCCAAGACAGCGAGGAGGGACACGACAGUUUAGAAGACGCUGUUUCUUGCAUCGAGUUGAUGUUGUGGAGAGUGAAAGAAGAUAUGAAAUACAAACAGUCAAAGAAAUGAAACUACCCCCAAAUAAUACAUGACGCACGCGCAGUCUCGUGUACGGUAAAUAAAGAUGUAAAACCCUAAAACAAAAUCGUUGAAAUAGCAAAUCUAUAUCUUAUAUGAGAAAUAUUUAUUGGAAAAUCAUUAUGUUUCUGGAAAGAAUACGAACAAAAAUAAAACAAAAUCAGAAACAAUUCUCGAAAAA